UAAAAAUGUGUGUGUACAUGACUAAUAGCGCAGUACCUAGACUGAAAAAGAGUUCCUUCUUGCUCAUCUUACAAAUAUUUGAUUAGUAUCAGUAUUGAUCGGUUCCAAUCUGGUAUUUGCAGAAAAAAGAUGAAAAAAGGUCACAAUCAAUAUGAAAUCGAUAGGACUCCAUCCCUUCCAUCCCAUAUUCUAUCGUUCUUUUUUAUUCAUGAUCUAUCGUUUUUAUUUUGUUCUCUUCAGGAUCUAGUGGAUUGGAAACCAAGAAUGUGGAAUAUAAAAAUAUUGAGAAUAAUCAUUUAAUCUUCCUAUGGAAUUUAUAUACAAAUAUGCUUGGAUCGUGCCUUUCCUUCCGCUUUCAGCUUCUGUACCAAUCGGAUUAGGCUCCUUAUUUUUUCCAGGAGCAACUAAGAGUGUUCGCCGUACAUGGGCUCUUAUUAGCAUUUUUCUGUUAAGCGUAGCUAUGUUUCUUUCUUUCAAUUUGUUCUUGCAACAGAUUACCGGCGGUCCCAUCUAUCGAUAUUUCUGGUCCUGGGUUAUCAAUAAUAAGUUUUCAUUAGAGUUGGGCUAUUUGAUUGAUCCACUUACUUCCAUUAUGUUAGUUUUAGUCACAACAGUUGGAACCAUGGUUAUGAUCUACAGCGAUAAUUAUAUGUCUCAUGAUAAAACAUAUGUGAGGUUUUUUGCUUACCUUAAUUUUUUUAAUGCUUCUAUGCUGGGGCUAGUUAUUAGCCCUAAUUUAUUACAAAUAUAUAUAUUUUGGGAAUUAGUAGGAAUGUGUUCCUAUUUAUUGAUAGGUUUUUGGUUUACGCGACCCAGUGCGGCUAAUGCUUGUCAAAAAGCAUUUAUAACUAACCGUGCAGGGGAUUUUGGACUCUUAUUAGGAAUCCUAGGUUUUUAUUGGGUAACAGGUAGUUUUGAAUUUCAAUAUUUGUCUGAAAAAUUAAAUGAAUUGACUGCCAUUGAUGGGGUUGGUUCGUUUUUUGUUACUUCGUGUGCUUUUCUCUUAUUUUUAGGUCCAGUAGCCAAAUCUGCGCAAUUCCCACUUCAUGUAUGGUUACCUGAUGCUAUGGAAGGGCCUACUCCUAUUUCAGCUCUUAUACAUGCCGCUACUAUGGUAGCAGCAGGAAUUUUUCUUGUAGCUCGAUUGUUUCCUCUUUUUAAAGCUCUACCUUUAAUAAUGUAUCUUAUCUCUUGGAUAGGGGGAAUAAUAGCUCUAUUGGGAGCUACUAUGGCUCUCGCCCAAAAAGAUCUUAAAAGAGGCUUGGCUUAUUCUACUAUGUCUCAAUUAGGUUACAUGAUGUUAGCUCUAGGGAUAGAUUCCUAUCGAAUCGCUCUGUUCCAUUUGAUUACACAUGCUUAUUCCAAGGCAUUAUUGUUCCUAGGAUCCGGAUCAGUGAUCCAUUCCAUGGAACCCAUUGUUGGAUAUUGCCCCCGUAAAAGUCAGAAUAUGGCUCUUAUGGGUGGUUUGAGGAAAUAUAUGCCAAUUACAGGAAUCACUUUUCUUUUAGGGACACUUUCUCUUUCUGGUAUUCCACCUUUUGCUUGUUUUUGGUCUAAAGACCAAAUUCUUAGUGAUAGUAAGUUAUAUUCUCCCAUUUUCGGGGGGAUAACUUGGUUCACAGCAGGAUUAACUGCCUUUUACAUGUUUCGUAUGUAUUUACUCACUUUUGAAGGGGACUUCCGCGUAAAUUUAGUUAAUUCAUAUAACAACCAUAUUACAUUAUAUUCGACUUCUAUGUGGGGAGAGGAGGAAUCCAGGAUAUUAAAUAGAACGAGAGCAGAUUCUAUGUCGAAUCAAAUUAUAGGAAGGAAUAAUUCCUUUUCCAAAGAAGCAUUUCAAAUUUCGAAUAAGAUGGAAGGAUUGUACAAAAAGAACAGAGGUUUGGUUGUCACUUAUCCUUUCUUUUAUAAAGGAUCUUUUGCAUAUCCGAAAGAAUCGGGCAAGGCAAUGCUAUUUCCUUUAGUUGUAUUGGGAAUAUUUACUCUGUUUGUUGGAUUAAUAGGAGUUCCUUUUUUUCGAAGCGGAAUGAGGUAUGACAUAUUAUCUCAAUGGUUUGCUUCAUCGACGGCCCCUUUUGAUAAGAAACAUCCGGAGAAUUGGUCCGAAUUUUUCAUAGACGCAAUCCCCUCAGUUGGUAUAGCAUUUCUCGGUAUAUUGAUUGCCUGUAUUCUAUAUAGACCUAUUUACUUCUUAUCACAGGAUGUAUAUCAUAAAACAAAUCCUCAUAUGAAGAUUAUUAUGGACCAAUCGAUUAAUAUUAUAUAUAAUUGGUCUUUUUAUCAAGCUUAUAUAGACAUAUAUUAUGACAUAAUCUUGAUUAAAGGUAUACGAGGAUUAGCUGAAACAAGUCAUUCAUUUGAUCAAUGGGCAAUUGAUGGAAUCCCAAAUGGAGUAGGUUUUUUAGGUCUUUUUGUAGGAGAGGGAAUGAGAUGCUUAGGAGGGGGACGUAUAUCUUCGUAUAUAUUUUUUUCCUUAUUUUGUGUAUUAAUAUCUAUAUUAAUAUAUUACUAUUCAUUUUCAUUCUAUCCAUAGAAAACUAGAAUAUAUACAUAUAUAUCGUGCUAUUUAUCAGCAUUGAUGUCUAUAACAGCAUCCUUUUUCAAUAUCGUUCCCUGGAUUUAUUUUUUCAAUAAUAAAAUAUUGUUAAUUGAUAUUCUUUGUGAAUGAAUAUGAUUCAGUUAUUUCAUCAACUGGUUUACAUGGAACAAAUAGAUAGAGAGAAAAAAAAAAAGAAAAAAUGAAAGAUUAUGAAAAAACUUAUUGAAAUGCUUGCAAAGACAAAUAGGUGAGUCAUUGAUACGAUGAAGGUACGAUCGCUGAGAUCCAUUUUCAUACUUUACGACUUUCCAAUACUUCAUUUACCAAAAUAAAAUUCCCGAGCGGAUCGAAUAAGAUUUCACAUAUCUUAUCAACUAGCCCAUGAUUCAUGGGCUGUACAGUCUGCAUAAGGUAGAAAGAUGAAAGGCCUACUUGAUGGAAAUCAAUUCGAGAGAAUUGAUAAAUUUAUUUUAAGAAAACUGCUAGUAACAAAUCACCUUAGCUCGCUCAUAAUUUGAAAUAAAUGAGCGAGCUAGCCCCGGGGUUUAGAUUAUUCCCAAUCUACACGGAGAUGUUGGUAACAUUGCUGGGAUAAAAUUAUCAAUGAAAUUCAAAAAAGUGAAAAAAAAAAUGUGUCGGGGCGAAUAGAGGGUUACUCCAAUUCAGCUCUAGAAAUUGGACAAUUUUUUACUCUUUUUAUGGUCCGAUCUCUGUUAUCGACAAUAUCUUAUUCAUAAUUUGAAACAAUAAUUUGCUAUUUGUUCAUAAAAAAAAAAGUGCUUGAAGAAAAGAGCUCUCCUCAAAUAGGAUUUGAACCUACGACCAAUCGGUUAACAGCCGACCGCUCUACCACUGAGCUACUGAGGAAUAACGAAGGUAUGAAGUUUCUAUAUAUCUUUGAAAUGAAACAACCUAUAACAAGUGCACCAACGAUUGAAAAAUUCAAUGCAAAGGUUUAUUCAAAACACCUCCACCUUCUUAUGCCUAUUCUAGGCUUAUAUUAUAAGCCUAAUAGGUUAUGAUAGCAAUCCCUCCUUUGUUUCUCCGGAGACGGCGGUCAAUCACCACCACAAUCUUAUUCGCUGCCUCCCCUCCUCCAUCCGAGAUACAUAUUGAUAGAUCGAUACGGUGCUGCAGAGCUGCCAGUGAGCUAAGUAUAUUGCAAUUGCACUUUGUCGAAA